AUGACCGUCAUGGCCCAAGAUCUAGACGUCAAGUCCGCCCUGCGCUUCAAUAUGCGCAGAAACCGACUUGCAGAAUGUUUGACUGCGGAUGCCUUGAUUGCUGCAGGUUCGGCAACAUUGGUGACUCCUUCGGUCAUGAUUUUGGAUCGUCUGGUGGUCGAAAAAUCAUCCCAUAACCAACCUCUCCUCCCCGCAUUCCGUCGUCACCUAUGGGCCUCCAUCACGCAGCCCGCGACCUUCCUUACUUCUCGACCUACCCUACUGGUUUGGUCCCUGUACGCGGCAACUUUCGCAACAGCAAACGCGUCCGAGACCAUUCUGGAGCGAGUAUACCCUCAUGUCGACCAAGCCAUUGCCGGAGCUACAACGUUCCUUUCCACCUUUGUUGUUAAUUCCUCCGUCGGCAUUUGGAAAGACAUCAAGUUCGCUCAGUUGUUCGGCCACAAACACACCACCCCUCCUAAUCCUACGCCAUCCGCUGCUCCUUCUACCUCAGCCCCUCCUUCGCAGAGCAAGAUCCUCCGCUCCGUCAGCCGCUCUAUCCCCAUGGCCACCUACUCCGCCUUUCUCCUCCGCGAUGGCCUCACAAUCUUCGGCUCCUUCAGCCUUCCCGCCAUGGUCUCGGCUUCUAUCCCGGACUCCAUCGCCUCAGCCGAAUACCUUAAAAUCCUCAUCGCACAACUUGCCAUUCCGGCUUCAAUCCAACUCGUCAGCACCCCCAUUCACCUGCUCGGUCUAGACCUAUACAACCGCCCCACGGCGCUCCCCGCAGCAGACCGUUUCUCCCGAGUAAGCCGGGAUUGGAUCGGCGCAUCUCUCACGCGCAUGUGUCGAAUCAUCCCGGCAUUCGGACUAGGCGGAUUCGUGAACACAGAAGGCCGAGCCAUCCUUCACGAUCAACUGCGCCGGUGCGGGGAGGAAUGA